AUGGAACAUACAGAACAAACAACAGUGUCUUCAUCGAAAUUGAGUCUUUUUGUAAUUAUAACAUUAUUCACCACGAUCUGUAUCAUUAUUAUCAUCGCAAUAGUUCUUUUCACUGCGAAUCAACAUCGGCCAUCCUCAACGCCGACUACUAAUCCACAAUCGUUAAAAACAAUUCUUAAACAUUCAACUCCUGGUAUGUCAUUUUGCAAUUCUCGAUUCAACUCUUCCCAUAAAAUAAUUUUAGCGACUACCACCACUACCUUAUCUCCAGAAGAACAUCAUCGUAUGUCCGCAUACAAGGAAUUCCUUGAUCUCCCAUCCAAUCAUCCAAAUCCGAAUCCAUCUCGUUCAACAAAAGCUAUGCAUACAUUCAUGCGUUCGAUGUACCGACAAAUCUACGACGAGCAAGGUUCUUAUCGACGGAAACGACAUGAUGAUAACGAACAUUCAAAUUUCUAUCUAUCAGACACAUCAGAUUUUAUAAUUAGUUUACCAAAUCAACGUCAUUCUUCAUCGUCGAACAUCACAUACCAUUUUCAAUACAACGCUUCUCUUGAACAUCUAUCGUACGCAGAACUUAUUCUACCAAUUCACGAAUUUUCUACACUUGAUAUUGUUUCUUCGUCAUUUCAUAUUUCCUUAAAAGCAUCCUUUCGAACGAACUCCAACUGGCUGAAGAUUAAUCUUACACAAUAUGUCACAUCGUUCCCACUGACAUUUUAUCUUCGAGUAAAUCACACAAAACAAACAUUCGCUUUGCUCUCGUCUGGCUUUCUAACUUUGCAUUUCCGCCAAUCGUCUUCUUCGAUGUCACGUCGACAAUUAUCGUCAUUCUAUGAUAAUCAAUUAGUCACCUAUCCUGAUGAACCAUCCUAUUGCCAAGUUCGUCCAUUACGUACAUCGUUUUCUGAUUUACAAUGGUCUUCGUGGAUUCUCGAACCAAGUUCGUACGAAAUGAAUGUUUGCUCGGGGAAAUGCCAGAGUCAAUCGAAUAUGGACACUUAUUUCCUGAUCCAAAAUCUCCUUCAUCAAAAAUAUCCACGAACAAUUCCUGCACCGUGUUGUAAACCGAAACGAUUUUCGCCUACGAUACUUUUAUAUUACGAUGGACCGAAUCUAGUUUUAAAAAAGCAUGAAAAUAUGCGUGUAGUGGAGUGUGGUUGUUCUUAA